AUGUCUUCAUCAACUUCAGAACCACCAACAGACAAUUCAGCAGAAGUGAAGAAAUCAACACCACAACCCCCGUCGAAACCCAGCUGGGUCCUCCCCUACAAGACACAAAGCCUCCAAGAACUCUACACAAUCGGCAAAAAGCUAGGCCAAGGUCAGUUUGGGACCACCCGCCUCUGUACGGACAAGUCGACAAGCAAACUCUACGCCUGCAAAUCUAUACCCAAGAAGAAACUCUUCUGCCAAGAAGACUACGAAGACGUUUGGAGGGAAAUUCAGAUAAUGCACCACUUGUCAGAGCAUCCAAAUGUGGUUAGAAUCAAGGGUACAUAUGAGGAUUCUUUGUUUGUCCACAUAGUGAUGGAGCUCUGUGCUGGUGGAGAGUUGUUUGAUAGGAUAGUACAGAAGGGGCAUUACAGUGAGAGAGAGGCUGCCAAAUUGAUUAAGACGAUAGUUGGGGUAGUGGAAGCUUGUCAUUCUUUGGGUGUCAUGCAUAGAGACCUUAAACCUGAGAACUUCUUGUUCACUAGCACUGAUGAGGAUGCCGCUCUCAAAGCCACUGAUUNAGAAAUGUUUUUCGAAAGUUUAGAGGAAGAGAUAGAGCAAAUACAGAAUAGAACACCAAGAGAGAAAAAGGAAAGUUGCUCCUCUCUGGCAGCAACAGUAGAAAGAAGGCUGAAGACUAGUCUUCUUCUUGUAGCCCAUAGUCUUGCUUGA